CCUGUCCACUUCACCACCGACAGACAUAAUUUCUGUGCGUCCUCCGAACACCGUCUCCAUAAUGAAGCCAAGGAGCAUUCGUUGCAUGAAAUUCUUUCUGACACUGUUCAAUAUCAUUUGUAUUCUGUUUGGGCUGGUGUUAAUGGCGAUCUGCGUGAUGAAUAUGCGUGAGCGCAAGUCAGGUCCGGAGCAAUCAGCGCUUUCUCGUGGAGUGCUUGCGUUUCUCUUGACUCUGGGGUUGGCACUGAUCGUGACAGCCGUCCUUGGAUGCAUCGGCGCUUUGAGGGAACACGUCCGGAUUCUUUAUGUGCAUGCCUGCUUCUUCAUAUUCCUGGUUUCCGUAGAGCUGAUUGUCGGAGUUGGGGGUGCGGUAAUCAGUGCAUGGGUAGGAGGAGGAAGUGAAUUGCGCGUCCAGUUCUACAAGAAUGUCACUUCUGAUGAAGAGGUUACUAAACACCACGCGUUUUGGGACCACUUGCAAUAUGAGAACCAGUGCUGCGGAGUCGACGGUCCCCAAGAUUACGCUAUUCUUCACCGCGAUAUCCCACCAGCCUGCUGCUCCCGCGCUCAUCCCCUUCGCGACGGCGGAGCUAGGAAGCAUAUUCAUGCCACUUGCCUAGCAGACAGAACCUACUACAUGAGAGGCUGCGAAGAUGCUUUGCGACAGAAGAAAGCCGUGAAAGGCAAUAUCUUUAUUUCUACUGGAGUCAUAUUUGCUUUGAUCGAGAUAUUCUGCAUCAUUCUUGCGUUUUGGAUGGCAAGAACGAUCCGCUCAGAGCGUAGGAAGCUGCAGCAAAAUCUGCAGGCGCACUUUGAAACUUAAUUCUCGACACAUGACUCGAUUUUCUACACUGACAAUGUUAAACUCUGGAAGAAAGAAAAAACGGAGUCCAUUCUCAGCUGGGGCGAUGCGAAAUUACAAGAUUGGCACUAACAGCCGCCGCUACAUUUGCUACUGUGUUCAAGUUAUUGUUGCCACUGUCGACAGAAGGGUCAGUCUCGUUAGUAAGGACGCACAAAAUCUUGGAAGUUUUCGAUAAACCACACACAACUCCUUUCGGAUUUAUCCUUGUUAGUUUAUAUAAUAACCUCGUCUCGCCUCAGGACACAAACAAAUAAAACUAGCUCACACUAUUCUGCCAACGAAUUGAUAUUGUCUACUUUUCUAUCAAUAUACACGAAUUUUUCUAUCUUUUCACGCUGAAUAUUUAGUAAAAAGUUUUAAUGAACAAUUCCAUAAUACAACUCGUUCGAGAAGAUGUUUUAGUUAGACAAUGAUUCAAAAUGUGGCUGUAAACAUUUUAACCAUUGUGCGCAACCAUGUGAAGGAGUUCGUCUAAGGAAGUACUGCCACCUUACCUACUUCUGCCGCCAAGCAAUAAUGUGAGCAUUACUACCCACGUUCCGAUAAAGUUACAGGCAUAAUAAUAAUAGGACUUGUCAAUUUAUAUCUCAGGGUGACAUGCGCCGCGACAGUGCCCCUCAGACCUGUUAAUGCUUACCACCAAG